UCAACAUCUUAACAUUCAGGAUUCCCAAGGUCUUGCUCAGUCUUCUAUAAAUCAGCAGCAUACAUCAGCCCCACAGACGCAGGUUUAGGCUACUAAGAAAAAGGGAGAACCAACUGAAAAACUACCAUACCCUCAGAAGGCCAGAACCAUGUCUAUGGAACCAAAGAAGUCCAACAAGAUCACAGAAAUUGUUAGGCUUCGGCAGAUCCUCAAGAAAUGGAGAAGGGCGGCCAGCUCUUCAAAAACCACCACCACCACCACUAGCAGCAGCAGUAAAAGUAUCAAGUUUCUGAAAAGGACGCUUUCUUUAUCCGAACGUGAAGGAGGAUCAAACAAUUUUGUUCCCAAGGGAUAUCUGGCUGUCUGUGUUGGGGAAGAGCUGAAGAGGUUCAUUAUACCCACUGAGUAUUUGGGUCAUCAGGCCUUUCACAUGUUAUUGAGGGAAGCAGAAGAAGAAUUUGGGUUUCAACAGACCGGUGUCCUGAGGAUCCCUUGUGAAGUAUCUGCCUUCGAGAGCAUAUUAAAGAGGAUGGAGGGAAAGAAGGACAAGGUUUCCACUCAAGUUUUCCACUCAACAGACAGGUGCUCUGAGGACUUGCUUACUUGUUCCCACCGUCCUCACAGUCCAAUGUGCAGAUAGAUAGUCAGGAAUUUUGAAAUUGCUGUACUUCAACUUUUUUUCUGGUCCUUUUGUUUUGCACCUUAUAAAGGCCAGUUAAUGUAUGACAGUGAGAGUGAGAGAGAGGAUGAGUGACAUCAAUGUAAGACUCAUUUGGGAAUUAUGAAGCAACGAAUUGACCUAUAUGGUCCAGUUCUAUUAUUCUAGAGCUGAAGUUUGUAAAUCUGUCUUAAGA